GCCACUUUGUGGUCGCAUGCAUAUAUGUAGAAUAAUUAAGUUUAAGUUGGCUGUCUACGCCCUGGGACUAUUUUGGCUUUUUUUAUGCUUUUAUUCUUUUACAAGCUGAUACGAUGGGAUGUCCCACAAAAAAAAAUGUCAGAUGUUGAUCAGGAUAAGGCCGAUGAUAAGCUCUUGUAUGGUUACAAAACAAGGCAAGCUUGGGAAUUAUUCAAUAAAUACAGAAACAAUAACAAUGUCAUACCAUUGAAUCGAAUUAGGAAGGCUUUCAACUCUAUCAAUCUCUAUCCAACUCAAUCACAAAUUUACGAAUACGUUCAUUGUGCGUGUGAGGUGAGUGGGAAGAACACAGUUGAUCAUCUGACAUUUGGUGAAUUCGCUUUCUUCGUCAAUGAGCUUCAGCAACAAUAUUCCACAGAUAACACACAAACGUUACCUCGUUCUCAUUUAAAAGAAAAGGCUGUUGAAGCACUGAACCACAGGCGACUGCAAAGAAGAUUUAGUGGUCAUGCAGCCGGAUUUCAAGUUUUUCUUGGAGGUUCCUGCAACCCAACCACGUGGCGAACCGACAUUGCAAUUCCUUUCCUCAAGAAACAUGGCAUCACUUAUUAUAAUCCACAAGUUUGCAACUGGAAACCAAAUCUUAUGGAGUUAGAAGACCAAGCUAAACAAACAGCUCAGUUACUAUUUUUUGUGAUUGACAACAAGACACGAUCAUCUGCCUCCAUGGUCGAAGUUGCCUAUAUUGCAGGUUGUGACAGACAGUUGAUUCUUGUAGUGAAAAAAUUUCAACCACCUGUUUAUAUAUAUGGCGAGUUGCUAAGGCAGAGUGAGUUGGAUGACCUGGAAAGAAGCCAUGCCUAUUUAAUAGACCUGUCAGAGAGGAUGGGUAUUCCCGUCUUCAACGACAUCUGCACCGCACUCAACUGCACCAAAAAAGUUAUCACACAGCAAAUAAAAGUUAGUGAUCUAACAGUGGCAGAUGGUGCCCAGCCCGUCAAACAUCCACAUCUGAGAAUUGCCAACGAACUUCUGAGUAUAAAGGAAGUGUUCAACACGGUAGAUUCUUGCAAUGCUGGGAGGUUGUCUUUUGAUGAUACGAACCUGGCUUUCCGAACUGUCACAAGCGACAACCUACCUUCCAAUCUCUACUAUUUGGGUUCGUUUACGUUCGAACAGUUUUGCUGCCUGCUCACUGAAUACAGGUAUAAGAAAAAGAACAUUUUUCAAAUUUUGUGGAGCUUCCUGUGGAACUUUCCGAGCAUCUUGCUACAUUGGUUAGGGUGGACAUCAAUAAAGUUUCGAGCAGAUGGCACUGAGCCACGUAGGAGGGACAUAUUUCUUGGUGGAAGUUGUGGGGCUUCUGCUUGGCGGGAAUCCAUCGCCAUCCCCAUUCUGCGGAAAAAUGGAAUAUCAUAUUUCAACCCUCAAGUACACUGCUGGAAUGCACACUGCAUACCUCGGGAGGCCUCUAUCAAGGACAGCUGCCUGGUCCUUCUCUACGUCAUCACACAAGACACGAGGGCCAUGACCAGCAUGCUUGAGGCUGGCUAUUUUAUUGGGAAGAAAUGUAAUGUUAUCUUAUGCAUUGAAUUCAUUAAAACUGGUGCUGUCAUUGAUGGAGAGAAGUUAUCGGACAAUGAGGUGCUGGAUUACAAUCGAUCACGUGCCUACCUAGCAGACGUGGCCAACCGUGAUGGGGUGCCCGUCUUUGAUGACGUCGAGGAGGCCGUCCUCUGUGCUGUCAACAGGUUCAGGGAGGCUCUCUGACAUUCUUCCCUAUGCGGCUCACAUAUAUAUAAUUCAUUAAAAUAUGUAUGUAUGCGUAUGUAUGUGCGUGCGUGCAUACUAAUGAUAUACAUACAUUGCACAAUGUCACGUUGUACAAAUUAGUUGUUCAUUUACUGUUUUGUUCAUCAUUCGUUGUAAAGUCAUUUAUCGUUGUGGCGUUGGACUAUUUGAUAAAAAAUAAUAAUUUAUUUUUUGUAUCUUAUUCACUGUACAGAAUGUGAUUCGUUACGUCGCAAUCUGAAGAAAUUGUUUAUAUUGCUUAAUUUAAUUUAAAUUGAAAUGUAGAACAACACUCGUACUUCGUUCCAUCAUGUCACGUGCCUUCAAAUCAUGCAUCUCCGUUUUUUAUUGUUAGGUUUCCUUGACAAUCUGAUAUUUUUUUAAAUGAUAUUUUUAAUCGCUUUGAGAUAUUAUACUUUUUAAUAUUUAAAAUGAACUUUUUUGAUACUAGGAUGUGCACUGCACUUAAUAAUGGCAUUUGUUUGUAGCAGGUUUUGUAUUAGGAAUGUUAACAUUGUAGCAAUUAAUAAAACACACAUGCGCACAAAUGUUUUUGUAUUGCAUGAUCAUCAUAGAAAUAAACUUAUGCACACGGAUUG